AAUGACGUCGGUGGAGGCUAUGUGCCAUUGCAGUAGAAUGUAGCGGAGGCCGGCAUUCUAUUGCUGAAUGAAUGAGAAUGUCUGAGGCUGCAGGAAUCGAACUCAUCAUCAACCAGGAAGCGGAGGCCAGAGCCCCCCUGUGCCCACAUGGUCCAACUUUGUUGUUUGUAAAGGUAAAUCGCAAAAAGCAAGAAGCCAGGAGGUUUUAUGCCUGUGCAGCCUGCAGAGAUCGAAAGGACUGUAACUUCUUCCAGUGGGAAGAUGAAAAGAUAUCAGAGGCCCGGCAAUCAGCAAGAGAAGAAUUUAAUCGAAGUCGACAACCACCGUUUACUCACAAGCAAUAUGUGGAGAGAUUUCAGCAAUUUGUGUCUUUACCCUUGGCAAACAGAAUAUUCUGCUCAGACUGUCAGAUUUUGUUGCUUCCUGAAGAGUGGGACCAGCAUUCGUCUCACUGUCUGAUUGGAGAUGUCUCCCUCGGCCAGCUGAAAAGACCCAGCCAUUUGCUGCUUCCGCUUGAGAAUAAGAAGACUAAUGCUCAGUACCUGUUCGCUGACCGCACUUGCCAAUUCUUAUUGGAUUUAAUUGUUUCAUUGGGCUUUAGAAGAGUGCUGUGUAUUGGAACGCCACGGCUACAUGAGCUAAUAAGGGUGCACCAGUCUGAAAAGAAGGAACCGGUUAUAAAGAGUCAGCUUCUGGAUAUUGAUUUCAGGUAUUCCCAGUUUUAUUCAGAGGAGGAGUUCUGCCACUACAACAUGUUUAAUCAUUAUUUCUUUGGGGGAAAGUCUGCCUCUGAAGCAUUUCAAACCUUCUUAUGUCAAGACAAAGGAGAGUCUAUUAUUAUGGUGACUGACCCACCAUUUGGCGGCCUAGUGGAGGCUCUGGCCCACAGCUUCAAAAAGAUUGUUGGUAUCUGGAAGAUUUCACGGAAUGAAAUUGAUGAUGAGUUGCCAAUGUUUUGGAUUUUUCCAUACUUCUUUGAACCUCGCAUUCUGCAAUGUUUCCCAACUUUGAGCAUGCUGGACUACCAGGUGGAUUAUGAUAACCAUGCAUUAUACAAGCAUGGGAACACUGGUCGAAAACAAUCUCCAGUGCGGAUAUUUACCAACCUUCCUCCCAAAGACAUUAUUUUGCCUGCUGAAGAAGGGUACAGGUUCUGUUCACUUUGUCAGCGAUAUAUAUCCUCGGCAAACAGACACUGUGAGAUAUGCCAGGCCUGUACGUCUAAAGAUGGCAGGCAAUGGAAACACUGUCAGACCUGCAACAGAUGCGUAAAACCAUCCUGGGUUCACUGUGAUACCUGCUGUCGUUGUGUCCUUCAGGAACACACAUGUGGGACAGCCGGAGAUGGAUGCUUUAUAUGUGGAUGUACUGAGCACAAACGCAGAGAGUGUCCUCACACAGCAUUCCCAAACAGGACCACAAUCGGCGAGGCAGAACCACAUAAAAGAAAAAUUUUGGAAACCGAGAGAGAGACAGCUGUAAAGAAAUCUAAAAAACAAGCCCAAAAAAUGGGUGCCAGAAAGAAGAAAACUCUGAAAUGGGUAACUGGGAAAUCAAAAAGGAAACCGGAGAGAAAGAAGAAACAGCAGCGGAGGGGACAGACUGUGUGCAGUGCUAGAUGAAGCUUUCCUGGAUGAGCACUGUCUAAUUUCCAGCAAAAUAAAAUCUCUUCAUGGAGAAUCUUGAGGUGUUUGAGAUUACCGGUGAGGUGCAUCUUUGCACAGCUUCUCCAUCACCUCUUUCCCAAUGUUAGUGCCUUGUUUGACGCAAUAUUCAGCCUCUGUGAACCUGGAAGCAAAGUUCCAUGAACAUACCGGAGAACACUUGUGUAGAAAUAAUUUUUAAAACAUUGGAACUGCUAUCACAGAUAUAAAACCACCAUCAUAUAUUCUGUUUGUUCAUUGGUGUGAAAAUCUGUCUCUCCUAUGUUCUCACCCUGUUCGUACAGCAGUUCUGAAAUGGAACCUUCAGAUUAAAAUGCAUUUUUCUAAA